GGCGGCGGCGGCGCCCUUGCCGGGGGACGCCCCGCGCCCGGCCGGCCGGUGACUGGGCGCGGCUCUGCCCGGGGAGCGCCCGCGCCGUGCGCUGCGCGGGGCUGCGCGGGGCCCGCGGGCGGGCUGGCGGGGAGAUGCUGCCCUGGCGGCGGGAGCGGUUCGAGCUGCGGGCGGAGGAGCCGCGGCAGCCCAGCAAGCCCAAGGGCUAUGCGGUGAGGCUGCGCUGCUCCGCGCUGGGCUCGCUGGCCCGCGCCUGCCCCGAGGGCGCGCUGCACCGCGUGGGCAGCAUGUUCCGCUCCAAGCGGCGCAAGUUCCGCGUGAGCAGCGAGGACCCCACGUACACGGUGCUGUACCUGGGCAACGCGGCCACGCUGCAGGCCAAGGGCGAGGGCUGCACCGACCUGGCCGUGGGCAAGAUCUGGGCCAAGAGCGAGGCCGGCCGGCAGGGCGCCAAGAUGAAGCUGACCAUCGGCGCGCAGGGCAUCCGCAUGGCGCACGCCGAGGAGCGGGCCCCGCGCCGGCCGGGCCACCUCUACCUGCUGCACCGCGUCACCUACUGCGUGGCCGACCCGCGCCUGCCCCGCGUCUUCGCCUGGAUCUACCGGCACGAGCUGAAGCACAAGGCGGUCACGCUGCGCUGCCAUGCCGUGCUGGUCUCCCGGCCCGAGAAGGCCCGGGCCAUGGCGCUGCUGCUCUACCAGACCUCGGCGGCCGCGCUGGCCGAGUUCCGCCGGCUGAAGAAGCGCGACGACGCGCGGCACCAGCAGCAGCUGCUGGCCGGGGAGCGGAGCCUCCCGCCGGUGCCCCCGCGCAAGCUGCCGCGCGGGCCGAGCUGCUACAAGCCGCCGGCGGAGCGCGGCCGCAGCGCGCCCAAGCUGGGCUCCAUCACCGAGGACCUGCUGGGCGAGGCGCAGGAGGAGCGCGCCGGGCACUUCGAGUGCGAGGACGUGCUGGAGGCGCCCGGCUGCGCCCCGCUGCUGCUGCGGGCCGGCCCCGGCCGCCCGGGGGGCCCGGAGCUGAGCCAGCUCAUCAGCGACCUGGGCGAGCUCAGCAUCGGCAACGACCUGCGGGCGCUGCGGGCCGACCUGCGCGUCACCCGGCUGCUGUCCGGGGAGAGCACGGGCAGCGAGUCCUCCAUCGAGAGCAGCGGCCAGGAGGGCGGCGGCGGCGGCGGCCAGGAGGGCGGCGGCGGCGGCGGCCAGGAGGCGGGCGGCGGCGGCCAGGAGCCCGAGACCGGCUGAGCCCCCCGGCCGGAGGGCGCCGCCUGCGCCCGUCUCCGCGCGGCGCUCGGCAGCGCCUAGCUGGGCUCUGGCUGAGGUUUGUUUUCCCCGGGAAGCCGCCAGCGGACGCGCCGGGCUCCCGGCCCUUCCCCGUGCACCGGUGCUGCCGGGCUGGGGGACGGAGGGGCUGGCGGGGCCGGUGGGGCUGCACGGAACGCUGCGGGGCCCCAGGAGAAGAGGGGCGCAAAGGGCAGACUUUGCACAGGACGGAAAGCCCAGGGGAGAUACGUGCAAUGCUUUACACAGUCCGGUGCGCUCGCAAGAUGAGAUUCCCUGGGUGUCUGUCCCUGGGCAGGUGGCGGGCUCGCUUGGCCCCCCGUUCCAGUUCCCCAGGGAUCGUGUCACAGGAGCAGCGUCUCGGUUUCAUUGGCAGUUUCCACCUCUCGUUAAAAAAUAUUUUUUCGUUUUCAAGUAGGACAGGAGCAGUUUGGCUGUCUUGGUGCAUGAGCUUUGGGUUGUUGACCAGAGACCCCUAAAGAUCGGCCAAAUUCUCCAAAUCGCUGUCUUGAGGGAGAAAUGUUGCAUUUUGUUUACAAUGAAACAUUUAAUAUCUGAGAGGGAGUUUUCUUCCUUUUUAUAUAUUUUAAAAAAAAAUGUCCAUUCCAUGCUGUUGUGUAAGAGAUUUUUGCACUGUGGUGAAAUUUUUUUAGCCUCUUUUUUUUGUACCCGAUCCCAUGUUCUCCUGUCUCAGUGUUCGAUAUCUUUUGCUAUGCAAAAGAAAAAUGUAAGUGUGGAUGUUCACUUGUACAUAUGGAAAAAAUGUACAUGGAAUACAUGGAAUACAUUUUGUUAUUUUUAAGGACACCACCGUUUCCGUUUGCACACCAGUGGAGAUAAUAAAGAUGACAAUAAUUUAACAGAA